AUGCACCCUUUGAUCAAUGCCUUUAUUUUUGUCUCAGGAAAUCCAGCAGAUGGUCACCAGAAAAGUGGCAAUGAACAUGUGAUUCACUUUCUGCCUCCUCUUGUGCUGACGUUUGAACUGCCACCAGAUUAUCCAUCUAACUCCCCACCUGCAUUCACGCUGAGUGGAAAGUGGCUGUCACCAAUCCAGCUAACUGCUCUCUGCAAGUGCUUGGGCAAUGUCUGGGAAGAACACCGUGGCAGCGCAAUCCUGUUUACAUGGAUCCAGUUUCUUAAGGAUGAGGCUCUCACCUACCUGAACGUCACCUCUCCCUUCGAGCUCAAAUGUGGCUUUCAGGGAGGCAUGGAUAGAGCAGACCCAGCUACCCCCGAAGGAGAAUUCUGUCUCAAAGGAGCAGCUGACGUUGAGGAAGACGCAGCGGAGCCUGUGGAUGAGAGAGCCAGGCAGGAUGCUGAAUCGUUGAGUCUGCUCUGGGAAGUCCUGGAGUUCGAUGAAAUUCAGCAGAAGAGAAGCUUUAACAAAAAAGUAUACACAUGCACUAGAUGCUUCAGUAACAAGCUGGGCAGUGACUGCAUGUACUUCUUGAACUGCAAGCAUGUAUACUGCAAGGGCUGUAUGAAGGAGUACUUUGAGAUCCAGAUCAAGGAUGGACGGGUCCAUGGCCUCACCUGUCCAGAACCAAAGUGCUCUUCAGAGGCCAUCCCCAAUCAGGUGAGAGGACUUGUGGAAAAGGGGCUAUUUGAACGUCAUGAACACCUUCUCCUCCAGGCCACCUUGGACCUGAUGGGGGAUGUGGUGAAUUGCCCCCGGGCGUUCUGUCAGCGGCCUGUGGUCGAGGACCAAGAAUCCAGAUUGGGAGUAUGUGGCAGCUGCACUUAUGCCUUCUGUACCGUGUGCCGCCACACCUACCACAGCAUUUCUUCAUGCAAGAUAACAACGGAGAAGCUACUGCAGAUACAAAAGGAGUAUCGGUGUGCCGAUACAAAUGGAAGAAUGCUUAUGGAGAGGAAGUAUGGGAAGAGGAUCCUUCAGAUGGCAAUGGAAGAGAUGCAAAGCGAGGCAUGGCUGGAACAGAACUCAAAGUGCUGCCCAGGUUGUGGAACUCACAUAGAAGUGCUCAAAACCUGGAUCCGCAAGAGCAGUCGCAUUGUCAUCAUCCUGUACUUUGCUAUUGAAUAUUUACAACAGGGUGGGGAAGCGGUUGCUGCCAAAGGCCACUGGAUAUUUAUAACACCAUUCGUGGCCCGUGCAGAUUUAACAACGCCAUAA